AUGAAGUUUCACGUUCUCGGCACCUCUGCAAUGCUCUUCACCAUUGUCCACGCACAAUUUUUUGGCGGUGAGAUUGUUGGUGGUGAUGAAUGCGACGAUUUUGGGAAGAAGUGCAGCACGACUUUGGAUUGCUGCGGUAUUUACUAUUGCCGCGCCGUAGAUGACAAGCCUUAUAAAAUAUGUAAGGUGGAAGAAUGCCGUGCUCUCGGCAAAGGUUGCCAGGUUGACUCGGAGUGCUGCAGUGGGGUUUGCAGCUGGGUGGACCCUAAAAAUUCGGGCGCUCGGGAAUGCAAGAAGGACCGAGCUUGCCGAACCAAAGGAGAUAUCUGUAGCGGCAUCUAUGGUUGCUGUGAGGGUCUCAAAUGCACUACAGAUUCCGGUCAAACACGACGAUGCUACUAG